AUGCCGCAGUCUUGGUGUGCUCGCUUCGUCCUUCAGCACCAGCAACAGCACCAGCUACCAUCCACUGGGUUUGAGUGCCUCACCAAGCUCACCUAUCUCAACCUCUCCACUUCCAGCUUUUCUGGCCCGGUGCCAACAGCAAGCAUCGCUAGCCUCACAAACUUGGCCUCUAUUAUUUCUACUGAUUGCCAAGUAGUUGACCUAUACAGUGAUGGUUACCUCCUCUUCGUGCACAGAAGCUCACCCUCUGUCCGGCUCACGGAGAAGAGCUUAGAAAAUCUAAUCCACAACCUUAGCAAUUUAAGGGAGCUGCACCUUGGCUUUGUGGACUUGUCGUCAAGCAGCAGAACCGGAUGGUGCGAUGCCCUAGUCGUAUCAUGUCCUCAACUCCAGGUGCUUAGCUUACCGCAUUGUCGGCUCUCCGGUCCUAUCUGUGGCUCGCUUUCUGGCUUGGGUUCACUUUCUGUGAUUAACCUAGACUAUGAUCAUUUAUCUGGCCCAUUCCCACAUUCCUUUACCAGCUUAACCAAUCUCAGUGUUCUUCAGCUUAGAUAUAACGAUCUUCAAGGAUGGAUACCUCCUGCAAUCUUUCAGCAAAAGAAACUAGUGACGAUCGAUGUUUAUGCUAAUCUUGAAGUAUCUGGUUACUUACCGGAUUUCUCAAGGGGUAGUUGUUUGGAGAAUCUAAAUGUUGGAAGAACAAAUUUUUCUGGUAUAAUACCGGGCUCCAUUAGCGACCUCAUAUCUUUGAGGAAGUUGGGCCUCGGGGCUAGUGGCUUUUCUGGAGAGCUACCCACAUCAAUUGGUAAUUUCAAGUCCUUGAGUGAAUUAGAGAUUUCCGGAAUGGGAGUAGUGGGUCCCAUGCCAUCCUGGGUUGCAAACCUUACAUCUUUGACUUCUCUUCGGUUCUAUGAAUGUGGCCUGUCAGGGUCAAUACCUUCUUCCUUGGGCGAUCUGAGUUCUCAUCUUAGUGAUGUUUCCCUCUUCAUGGCCUCUGGAAACAACUUUUCUGGAGAAAUCCCAUUGUCCUUUUGUGAUGGAUUGAGCAUACAACUACUUGAUCUCUCUUACAAUGGCUUCAAUGGAUCGGUCCCUUCCUGUUUAAUGGAGAAUGUCGAUGGGCUGGAAUCGUUGUAUUUUAAAGAAAAUAAACUUAAUGGAGUAUUCCCAGACAAUAUCAAGAAAGGCUGCUCGUUUGUGGCAUUAGAUUUCAGUGGCAACAGAAUUGAAGGGAAGCUACCCAGAUCCCUUCUUGCUUGCAAAAAUUUGGAGGUCCUUGACAUUGAUGGAAACAGUAACUGUUCGUUUUCAAGUGCAAUAAUCAUUGAUCUAUCCUCAAACAACUUCUCUGGACCGUUGCCCCAAGGCCGAUGGUUUCAGGAGUUGAAGUCGAUGGCCCUCACAGAUGCAAAUGCAUCAUUGAUCUUGCAACGCAUACUGCCAAAUGCUGGAACAGCGUAUGCAUAUAAAUAUUCUGCUGCAGUCACAUAUAAAGGGCAUGACACCACCUUCGCUAAGAUACUGAAAACACUUGUAUUCAUUGAUUUCUCAAAUAAUGCAUUCCAUGGUAACAUCCCUGAAGCUAUUGGGGAACUUCAUUUGCUACAUGGGCUCAACAUUUCACAUAACUCCCUUACCGGACCAAUUCCACCUCAGCUCGGUCACUUGAUUCAGUUGGAGGCUCUAGAUCUGUCCUUCAAUGAACUUUCUGGGGAGAUCCCACAGGAGAUAGCAUCAUUGGAUUUCCUCACGACAUUGAAUUUGUCCAACAACAAGCUGGUGGGAAGCAUACCACAGUCACCUCAUUUCUUGACCUUCAUCAACAGCUCGUUUCUUGGAAAUGACGGUUUGUGUGGGACUCCACUGUCUAAAAGGUGCAUCAACACAACUAUGACGACAAGUGUGGUGUCACAUCAUUCCAAGAAGGAAUCUGUAGACGUUGUGCUAUUCCUCAUUGCUGGACUGGGAUUUGGGGCUGGAUUCGCUCUUGCAGUUGUUGUGGCAUGGGCGAUCCCAAUUAGGAAACGGCGAUCUUAA